AUGUCCGCGAACGGCCCCAGCGCCACCCUCCGACCGCCGGGCCAAAACGGUCCUCAAGGCGCAAAGCCUUCGAGUCUCACGCCUGAAAAACGGUCCUACCUCAUACAGUACCUCAACUCGACCAUCGCGAACGAGUUGCCCGCCGAGACUCAAGACGACGUUCCAGCCAAGGAUGCCGCCGUCGCCAACAACGCGCCCGAUGCGGAACGCCGACUGACGCCAACCGACGCUGCUCUCAAACUACUUCUCAUGCGCAAAGUCAGCGUGGCUCUAAUUGCUGACUGGCGCGACUUGGUUCUUAUGUUGCAAAUUUGGCUCAUGCGAAACGGGGUCAACUACAUGAUAGAUUAUCAGGAAAGCGACAAUAACGUGGAAUUUGUGUUCGAGGGCUCUGUGGAAGGCAAGAAGGCGGCUCAACACUUUUACAAGGUCUGGAAUGGAAGGGCUCACACCGAUGCUUCUGAUUCACCUAUUUGCGCCAUGAAGAUGAUGGUUAUCACGGACAUCGUGUCACUGCGUAAGCAGUAA